AUGGGCCUUCCCGAUCUCCCUGUGAAGUUGCCUCACAAGGCCCUUCGCAGCCGGCUAUUACUUCCAUACCUGCUAUUGAUAGCAGUGGCUUUUCUGUACUGGAGAGCAUUGGGAACGCAUAGAAUAAUCGACCUCAUUACCUCCGGCUCACAAUUAUCGCAGGUUGAUUGGAAUCUCCUGGACGCGGGUCUAACCAGAUGUGCAGUGUUGAGAGCACCUCCUCCACAGUAUACAUUUCCUGUGUCAGCGGAUCGCGAGAAUCCUCGCUGGAGCUCUCUCAGUGGACAAUCAAAGCCAGUGCUUCUUCGAAAUGCGACAUUGUUUGAUGGAGAUUCGUUUCAAGAAUCAGUUGACAUCCUCUUCGAAAGAGGUGUGGUCCGCAAAAUCACCAGUACUGCUUCUGCACAGCAUAUCGAAGGCGCAAUCGUGCAGGAGCUGAACGGGCUCAUUGUGACUCCCGGACUUGUCGAUAUGCACUCCCAUCAUCUCGUUGGGAGCUGGCCGAGCUUUCAAGCAACUGACGAUAUCAAUGAAAUACAUCCCUCCACCGGGCCCCUGACACCUUUUGUUCGGGCCUUGGACUCCAUAAAGGCCUACGAUCCCGCCACUACUGUCAUUGCAUCUGGAGGGGUGACGUCGUCACUGAUUCUUCCCGGAUCAGCGAAUAUCAUGGGCGGAGAAGCUGUGAUUGUCAAGAACUUUCUGAAAGCCGGUGACCAUGGAGAAGAGAAUGUGGAAGAGUUGCUUUUGGAGCAUGGCGUCCCCAAAGACAGAAGACGAAGAUAUAUGAAAAUGGCUUGUGGCGAGAAUCCUAGACGAGUAUAUGGCCAUACCCGCAUGGGAAAUGCAUGGAUUCUCCGAGAGCACCUGGCGCGCGCCAAGGAUCUGCGGGAUAGACAAGACACCUGGUGUCUCUCUGCCGCUGCGGCCAAAGAGAGUGGUGAUUUAGCUGCUAUAUCAUCUCUUGUGGGGCCCGGCCCUGAUGGACAUCGAGGCCUCCCAGAAGAAUUGGAAUUGGACUCUACUGUGGGAAUCUUGAGGGGCCAAGUUGGAGUUAACAUACAUUGUUAUGAGCCCGAGGAUAUGGAAGACAUGAUCUUGCAUAGCGAGGAGUUUGGAUUCCGGAUUCAGGCAUUCCAUCAUUCGCUAAGUUCAUGGAAAGUACCGGAGCUGAUCAAGGCUAGUGGACAAAAUAUAACCAUCGCGACAUUUGCAGACUUCGGAUUGUACAAAGUCGAGGGUUACGAAUCUAACUUACAAGCUGGCAAGAUACUUCACGAGCAUGGCAUACCCGUGGCAUACAAAUCAGACCAUGUUGGAGAAGGCACGAAUGCCAAAUACCUAUUAUCUCAAGCCGCCACUGCACACUCGUUCGGCCUCCCCGAGUUGGCUGCGCUACGCUCUGUGACGAGUGUACCAGCAAAAUCACUGGGCGUCGACCACCGCAUCGGUCAUGUCAGACCGGGCUAUGAUGCUGACCUUGUCAUUUGGGACUCGCAUCCGCUCUCAGUGGGAGCCACUCCGUUGCAAGUGUACAUUGACGGCAGACCAACUCUUUCUACGGAACGGCUUCAAUCAGUAAAUACUUAUACUGGGAAGCCAAAUAUGCGCCUCGACCCCCCAAAAGGAGUUGACCAGCUCUGCUCGCGAAUCAAGAACUCGCAAAACGUGCUGAUCACAGGAAUCAGCAAGUCAUAUUUAGACUUACCACACCCAAAAGCCCCAUCGGGCGAAGGUCUUGCCAUUGCUAUUAAUUCCGGAAAGAUAACUUGUCUAGGUAAGUACGAUGAAUGUAUCUCUACCACGACCCCGAGCAGCAACGUCAUUGCUCUUCAAGACGGACAUGUGCUUCCAGGUCUGACGGCUUUCUCCACUACCCUGGGUCUUGUUGAGAUACCAUCCGAGAAGAGCACCAGCGACGGACCUGUGAGUCCAAAGCUGGAUCCGCUGAACCCUGAGAACGUCGUUUAUGCCAAAUAUGGUGUCCAUCCUGAGGGCAGGGCUUUCGAUCGAGCACGCAUUGGCGGAGUGACAAGAGCAGUUACAGCACCGAUCCCCGACGGGUUUCUGAGUGGAGUGAGCGUGGGUAUCAAAACCGGUCAAAAUAGGAGUAUUCUGGAUGGCGGAAUCUUUCAAGAUGACGUAGCGCUGCAUUUCGUGGUCAGUCAAGAAUCGAAAGGAUCUGAAGACACACCCACCGUAUCGACUGCAAUCGCGCAACUUCGCAAGAUCCUAUUCGAAAACAAAGGGAAAGAUACCAUCUACGGAAAAGCCGCAAAUGGUGAAAUUCCCGUUGUUAUACACAGCCAGAACAAGCAUGACAUAUUACAGCUCGUGAAGCUGAAGAGAGACCAUGGAGCAGUCAAGAUAGUGAUUUACGGAGCAAGCGAGGCUCCAUCUGUCGCAAAAGAACUCGCUGCGGCCGACAUCCCGCUCAUAUUCACCGCCGCACACGGAGCGCCUGAUACAUGGGAGAAGAAGGACACAUUGACUGGACCUCCACUCACAGAGUCUCCAAUCAAAGUCCUCUCAGAAGCAAACGUGACUUUCGGUCUUGCUUUUCCUCCUGAAAGCGACUGGCACCUUCACAGUCUCGGAAUCGAAGCAUCAUGGGCCGCUAAAGAUGCUGGACUCUCCUCCCAAACUGCUGUGAAUCUGGUAUCGCGGAAUAUCGAACACAUUCUCGACAUCCCCGUCUCGAGAGACUUUGUCAUUUACGAGGGUAAUCCGCUUGAAUACGGAGCUAAUGUGGUGUUGUCGGUGGAUGGGGAUGAUGGGAGUAUUACUACUUGUUGGCCUGAGGCGCAGUGA